GGAAAUUUGUAUUUUACAACCAAAGAAAACCUUUUUUCUAUCUCUUAAAAAGUAAAGCGACGUUUCAUCGAGAUAAGACGAGAAAUAUACAGGAUGGAACUUGAAUCUCCAAAAUAUGAAUUUUUGAACGAAGAAGACACAAAGAAAAUGCUGAGAUUAUUUAAAGGCGAAAGAACAGGUUGGGUGGUAGUAGGAUCUAAAAAGUGGUUCUUUCCGUAUAGAUACACGGAACAAGGUAAAGGUUUUUAUAACUUUAAGGCACGAUCAGAUGAUACGUGGGUUCUAUCUUAUCCAAGGUCCGGUACAACAUGGACUCAAGAAUUAGUUUGGCUAUUGUCAAACGAUUUAGAUUUUGAAAGGGCACAGAAAGAACUUCUGGCAGAACGAUUUCCGUUUCUUGAAUUUAGUUUGUUCAAUCAUCCAGAAGUGACGCUCGAAUUUUUAAAAAUAAACGAGGGCGACAAAGAUAAAGAAGAAUUAUGUAGAAAAAUUGCGGAGCCAGGGUACGAAGUCUUAGCGAGAAUACCUUCCAAGAGAUUCAUUAAAUCACAUUUUCCAUUCAGUUUGUUACCUGGUAUUUUGGAUACUGGUUGUAAGGUAAUAUAUAUUGCACGAAAUCCCAAAGACGUUGCUGUCUCUUGGUAUCAUUUAAACAAAGCAAUUAAAACUCAAGGGUAUACAGGUGAUUUUGCAACAUUUUGGGAUUAUUUUCAAAAUAAUCAUACACCAUGGAGUCCCUAUUGGGAACAUUUAAAGGAAGCAUGGGGAUAUAAAAAUCAUCCAAAUCUUUUAUUCAUGUUCUAUGAAGAAAUGCAACAUGAUUUUCCAAAGGCAAUUAAAAAAGUUGCUAUGUUCCUUGGAAAAAUCUAUAGCGAGGAACAAAUAAAAGAAGUUGCAAAUUAUUUAAAUAUUAAAAACUUUCGGAAUAACCCAAUGGUGAAUUCAUCUGAGUUAAAAGAAUGUGGUAUUAUAACUGCUGGAACAUUUGUUAGGACUGGUCAAAGUGGUAACUGGAGGGAUAUGUUUACCCCUGAACUUGAUGCUAAGGCCAAUAAAUGGAUAGAAGAAAAUCUUAGAGAAACUGAUUUCACCUUUCCAUAUUUUAACAACAUUAAUGACUAUCAAUGUAGAUAUAAUCCAGAUGUAAGACAAAUGGUUACCCCUCUUCAUCGGUUUCAAAAUCUGAAUACUAUGGAAAAUGCAGCUGGUCCUAGUAAUUUAAAUAGUUGCCGAGUGAUAAGAACUUCGUUAAGAACUAAUAAUGAUACCCGAAACAAUUUUCCGGUUGACUCUACUCAACAUACCCAGCUAAACAACAUCUCCAAUAAUGUAACAACUGCUGGAAAUAAUCAAUUAAUAUUGUCAAAUACUGCUACAAGCGGAACGAAUAGAAGUCUUUUGGAUUUUUCUGAAUUUAAUGACGCAGAACUAGCAAGUUACAGAUUAAGAUGCGGUGUUUGGAUAACAUUUGUAUUUGCAACUGGAUUCGUUGCCGCAGCAAAAUUUUACUUCGGUGAUCAAGGUCAAGGCAUAGAAGUUUUUGUAUUUUGGGGUCUGCUAACAUUAUUAUUAUUGUUCGCAUGUUUGUAUUCGAUUCUAUGCCGCCGAAAUCACCGGAGUAAUCAUCAAGAACACCACGUACAAGAGGACCACAUUGCGUCUGUAACUGCUACAAAUACAAUGUCCAAUGAAAACGCUAGACCUAUUUCUGUAAUAAGGCAAAAUCCACCACCACCCUAUCAUAUUGCUAUUUUGAUUCCACCGCAUAAUUCAUUGGACGAAGCUCCACCGCCGUCUUAUGAUAAAGUUAUGCGAUGAGACUUAACAUCGUUAAAUUGACAUAAGAUUGUAUAGAAUGCUAUCACUAUUUUUUCAUACAUUACAUUUUUUAAGGAAUGAAACACUCAUCAGUGAUAUCAUCAAAAUGUGUUAUUAAACAUAAAUAUUCCAUCAUCGAGCUUUUAAUUUAUGCAAUUGAAGGAAAAAUGAAAACCAUCACGAUUUUUCUAGGAUAGGUAAACUUUACAUCUGUGAUAUAAAUAGUGAAGUAAUCUGAAGAUAUCAUUCUUUAUAGCAUUUAUGAACUAAAAGAAGCAUAAGAAGACUAAUGUCCGAAUAAAAGAUAAACACAAUAUCUACGAAACUUACGAUAUUUUUUGAAUUCCAAAAAGGUAUAACAGAGCUUUUAGCAGAGUUAAUUAAUUCUUCUGUACCAGUCCCAUUAUUUUGGUGAUUAGAUUUUCCUACAUCCACAUUCAC